AUGUUUUGUACACAUGAACUCAUGAGCACACCAAACCAAAUUAAUGGCUCUUUGAAUUAUAUAAUUCGAGAUGGAGAUGCCAUACAACCAGUCAGCUUCCUACAAAAGCUCCAGUCACUCAAGGGAUCGUCCACUACAUCAGCAUCACCACUGGCAACAAGCAGCUCACCUGUUAAGUUUGUAUCUGGUUCAGCAGUGGUUACAAGCAAACUGCAGUUCAACUCCUCAUCUCCAGUGCCCAGUCAGGAUCUGGUCCUCAAAGCUAUCAGUGAUCUCCGAAACUCCAGAGAGUCACAACUCAAUGAAUCAGUCAAGCUGCUGAAUGUGACCUACGAGAAAAUCUCUGAAACCUCCUAUGAGGUCAAAUUAACAUUUGCUGUGAGUAACGUCAGCAUGCCAGUGGACAUUAAACAAAGAAACAGCACCUUAACACAUCUCCAGGAUGUUGUCAAUGUUGCGGUGAACACUCUUCUGAAUGAGCCUGGCAAAGCGUCUCUGCAACCCAACUCCUCCAGUUUCCAGAGCACUCCAAACCAAAUUAAUGGCUCUUUGAAUUAUAUCAUCCGAGAUGGAGAUGCCAUACAACCAGUCAGCUUCCUACAAAAGCUCCAGUCACUCAAGGUAUCGUCCACUACAUCAGCAUCACCACUGACAACAAGCAGCUCACCUGUGACAUCUGGUUCAGCAGUGGUUACAAGCAAACUGCAGUUCAACUCCUCAUCUCCAGUGCCCAGUCAGGAUCUGGUCCUCAAAGCUAUCGGUGAUCUACGAAACUCCAGAGAGUCACAACUCAAUGAAUCAGUCAAGCUGCUGAAUGUGACCUACAACAAAAUCUCUGAAAACUCCUAUGAGGUCAAAUUUACAUUUACUGUGAGUAACGUCAGCAUGCCAGUGGACAUUAAACAAAGAAACAGCACCUUUACACAUCUCCAGGAUGUUGUCAAUGUAGCGGUGAACACUCUUCUGAAUGAGCCUGGCAAAGCGUCUCUGCAUCCCAACUCCUCCAGUUUCCAGAGCACACCAAACCAAAUUAAUGGCUCUUUGAAUUAUAUCAUCCGAGAUGGAGAUGCCAUACAACCAGUCAGCUUCCUACAAAAGCUCCAGUCACUCAAGGGAUCAUCCACUACAUCAGCAUCACCACUGACAACAAGCAGCUCACCUGUGACGUAUGUGAACACUCUUCUGAAUGAGCCUGGGAAAGCGUCUCUGCAACCCAACUCCUCCAGUUUCCUGAGCACACCAAACCAAAUUAAUGGCUCUUUGAAUUAUAUAAUCCGAGAUGGAGAUGCCAUACAACCAGUCAGCUUCCUACAAAAGCUCCAGUCACUCAAGGUAUCGUCCACUACAUCAGCAUCACCACUGACAACAAGCAGCUCACCUGUGACAUUUGGUUCAGCAGUGGUUACAAGCAAACUGCAGUUCAACUCCUCAUCUCCAGUGCCCAGUCAGGAUCUGGUCCUCAAAGCUAUCGGUGAUCUACGAAACUCCAGAGAGUCACAACUCAAUGAAUCAGUCAAGCUGCUGAAUGUGACCUACAACAAAAUCUCUGAAAACUCCUAUGAGGUCAAAUUUACAUUUACUGUGAGUAACGUCAGCAUGCCAGUGGACAUUAAACAAAGAAACAGCACCUUUACACAUCUCCAGGAUGUUGUCAAUGUAGCGGUGAACACUCUUCUGAAUGAGCCUGGGAAAGCGUCUCUGCAACCCAACUCCUCCAGUUUCCAGAGCACACCAAACCAAAUUAAUGGCUCUUUGAAUUAUAUCAUCCGAGAUGGAGAUGCCAUACAACCAGUCAGCUUCCUACAAAAGCUCCAGUCACUCAAGGGAUCGUCCACUACAUCAGCAUCACCACUGACAACAAGCAGCUCACCUGUGACAUCUGGUUCAGCAGUGGUUACAAGCAAACUGCAGUUCAACUCCUCAUCUCCAGUGCCCAGUCAGGAUCUGGUCCUCAAAGCUAUCAGUGAUCUCCGAAACUCCAGAGAGUCACAACUCAAUGAAUCAGUCAAGCUGCUGAAUGUGACCUACGAGAAAAUCUCUGAAACCUCCUAUGAGGUCAAAUUAACAUUUGCUGUGAGUAACGUCAGCAUGCCAGUGGACAUUAAACAAAGAAACAGCACCUUAACACAUCUCCAGGAUGUUGUCAAUGUUGCGGUGAACACUCUUCUGAAUGAGCCUGGGAAAGCGUCUCUGCAACCCAACUCCUCCAGUUUCCUGAGCACACCAAACCAAAUUAAUGGGUCUUUGAAUUAUAUAAUCCGAGAUGGAGAUGCCAUACAACCAGUCAGCUUCCUACAAAAGCUCCAGUCACUCAAGGUAUCGUCCACUACAUCAGCAUCACCACUGACAACAAGCAGCUCACCUGUGACAUUUGGUUCAGCAGUGGUUACAAGCAAACUGCAGUUCAACUCCUCAUCUCCAGUGCCCAGUCAGGAUCUGGUCCUCAAAGCUAUCGGUGAUCUACGAAACUCCAGAGAGUCACAACUCAAUGAAUCAGUCAAGCUGCUGAAUGUGACCUACAACAAAAUCUCUGAAAACUCCUAUGAGGUCAAAUUUACAUUUACUGUGAGUAACGUCAGCAUGCCAGUGGACAUUAAACAAAGAAACAGCACCUUUACACAUCUCCAGGAUGUUGUCAAUGUAGCGGUGAACACUCUUCUGAAUGAGCCUGGCAAAGCGUCUCUGCAACCCAACUCCUCCAGUUUCCAGAGCACACCAAACCAAAUUAAUGGCUCUUUGAAUUAUAUCAUCCGAGAUGGAGAUGCCAUACAACCAGCCAGCUUCCUACAAAAGCUCCAAUCACUCAAGGGAUCGUCCACUACAUCAGCAUCACCACUGACAACAAGCAGCUCACCUGUGACGUAA